AUGACAGAAAAUGCUACACAUCACUCCAUCUCAUCGUUCUUCCUAGUGGGUAUUCCUGGUUUGCAAGAUUUUCACUGCUGGAUUGGCUUGCCUGUGUGCCUCCUGUUUGCCCUGACCCUGCUGGGGAACAGCGUAAUCAUCAUUAUCAUCAAACUAGAGCCAAGCCUACACAAGCCUAUGUAUUUCUUCCUUUGCAUGCUGGCAAUGAAUGACUUGGCUCUUGCUUCUUCCUCAGCCCCCAAGAUGCUUGGCAUCUUCUGGUUGGAUGCACAUUGGAUUAACUUUGAUAUCUGCCUAGUACAGUUGUAUUUCAUCCACACAUUUUGCAUAAUUGAGUCAGCCCUCCUAGUUGCCAUGGCUUUUGACCACUAUGUAGCUAUUUGCAUUCCACUGCGUUAUCCCACCAUCCUGACAACAUCAAUGGGCAUUAAAAUGAGUCUAGCUGGUCUGACCCGAGGUACCCUUCUGGUUUUCCCAGGUCCUCUUCUUAUUAAAAGGCUACCAUAUUAUACCAAGUAUGUUAUCAAUCAUGCCUAUUGUGAGCACAUGGCUGUUGUGAAGUUAGCCAGUGCCAACACCCUCAUUAACAGAGUUUAUGGAAUCUCUGUGGCCUUUUCAGUGAUGGUAUUGGACCUAGGGCUUAUAGCCAUAUCUUAUAUCAAAAUCCUCCAGGCAGUCUUCCGGCUCUCCUCCCAGAAUGCCCGCUCUAAGGCACUGAGCACCUGUGCUGCCCAUGUCUGCACUGUACUUGUCUCCUACACACCUGCACUGUUCAGCUUCCUAACUCACCGCAUUGGCAAGAAGGUACCUCCAAGCAUCCAUAUAAUUUUUGCAAGUUUGUACCUUUUGGUGCCUCCCACAGUCAAUCCUCUGGUAUAUGGUGUCAAGACCAAGCAAAUUCGUGACAGAGUGGUGGAUCUUUUCUUCCCAAAUAAGAAAAUUUCUGAAAGUUAA